AGUGAGUUUCAGAUCUUCUAUUGUAACCAUUUAAUCUCGACGGCCACAGUGCUGAAAGCUUUAAAUUCGGACUGCGAGUUGAAAUCGAUGUGUCGGAUAUAAGCUUAAGUUGGCGGGAACGAGAAUCUGCUCGAACUGCACGUGAUACCACCUCAGGAGCAUUUUUAUCUGACGUCGCUGUCGCCGUAAGCAUGAAGUGUGAGCACACCGGAGAUUUCCGCCGAUAUAAAUCCCGGUGCAUCAUGGAUUGGAAGACGGUGUUCUGCGUCUUCACCUUAGUCUACUGUGCUAAUGGCUUCUCAAAAUACGGGCGCACCUGCAAAGACAUAGGAUGCCUGAACAGCGAAGUAUGCGUGUUGGCCGAAGACCAGUGCUCUUACGGUCAAACUAGCAACUGUGGCACAUACCCAACCUGCAAGAAGAAGUCUCAAGUUGAAGGAAGCCACUCGGAGCCGGCCAAGCCUGCUGUUCCUAAACCACAAACUCCUUUAAGAGACUUUGACGGAGUGCCCAACUACAAGCCCCCAGCACCCCCCAGUGAUACGUCCAGCGGUGGCAAUUCACCUUACGGAGGCAGUUCGCCUUACGGCGGAAACUCGCACACAGGAGGCAACUCGCCUUACGGAGGAAGCUCACCCUACGGCGGUAGCUCGCCUUAUGGUGGUAGCUCGCCUUAUGGCGGGAGCUCACCCUAUGGUGGUAAUUCACCAUACGGAGGCAGUUCCCCCUACGGCGGAGGAAGCAACACCGGAGGAGGGUCGCCUUACGGUGGCAGCUCACCAUAUGGUGGAAGCUCGCCUUACGGUGGAAACUCCCCCUACGGCGGAUCCUCAAAUACUGGUGGCCACAACCCAUAUGGAGGUAAUUCUCCUUACGGAGGCUCGCACUCGACUAGCACCGGGGGAUUCGGAAGCGGCGGCAGCGGCAGCCCUAUCGACAGUAUUUUGAACACGCUUAAUAAAUACGCGAAUGGCGGUGGCGGCAGCAGCUCGGGCAGCGCAGGCAGCUCUGGCGCAGGCCUCUCCAACAUAUUCGGAAACCUGCUUGGUAAUUUAUCCAAGAGCGGUGGAGGCUUAAACAACUUGUUCAACACUAGGCCUAUUAUGGAAAAUCCGAAUUACUCCUCGUACAGUGCCAAUUCGAGGAGCUCUAACCCCCAAUCUUACCCAUCAGGAUCCCAACCGACGUAUCAGCAACCAAAUCAGAACAGGAAUUACGGACAGUCUUAUGCCCAGCAUAACGGAGCGACCACACGCAAGCCCGUCCACUAUGGAUGGAACGUUAGCGUCACAGUGGUCUUGACGUACCUGAUUCAACAAUAUAUCCAGAGUGUAAUUCGUAAUUAACAUAUUUUUUUUAAUAUUUUUAUUUUUAAGUAAAACCGAGGUGCGUUAUUGUUAUUAACAUUUUAUUGUUGUUAAGCUUUAAAGUGAACAUUACAGUGCCUUUUGUUCCUUGCUGUCCUUUUGACUGCCACAACCAUAAAUUAGCACGUCAUUAAAAAAUUCUUGAGUGCUAUAGUUAUAUACUUCCAUAUGUAUCUAUAUAAUAAAAUAAAUACGUAUUGGUGCUUAUGUGAAUAAAUCGAAAAUUAAUAAAAUAAUCACGUUCUGUGGUGGUCAUAAGGUUAAAUGUGAUUGUGAUACCUUUUAUGUAAACGCCGUAAUACAUAAGUGAAAAGAAUAAAUAAAAGUAAUAUUUACGAAAAAUCACUAUUUAUUCAGUCAUUCGGUGUCUUCAAUUGCACAACAGUAAUAAUUGCAUACAUUUAUAAUUCUUAUUAUAAUUAAAAUAUUAGAAAUUGUUAUAAAACGCAACUAUGUAUUUUUCCAUGGUGAUGUAUUUAUGUAAUGGAUACAAAAAUAUUAAUAUAUGUAUGUUGAUUAAAAUGCUGUUGAAGUAGA